GGUCGGAGCAGCGGGGCGCCAGUCCCGGUCGCUGUCGCGGGCGGGCGCUGGAGACCGGGACGCCGGCGCUCGGACGGACUGACUUGCUGACCGCCCGCCGGAGGCACACCCCACUCCACCCCACCCCGCCUCGCCAGCAGCCCGGCGCCGGCGCCGCCUCCCGCACGCUACUCCCUCUGCCACCCCUUCCUUCUCCACUUCUUUUCCGCCUCCGCCUCUUCUUGUCUCCCGCGGCGCCAGCGCCUUCCCUUGGCCCGGGCGGGGGCCUCGGCUCCCUGCAGAGCUCUCCGUAGUCAGUGGGGGACAUUUCGUUCUAGCGGACAACCAGCCCCUGAGCUGGGCGAGAGGUGCCAAGGGAGCUUCUGUCCCGAGGACCAGGGGAUGCGAAGGGAUUGCCCCCCUGCGGGUCUCUUUCUCAGUCAUUUUGAGCUCAGCCUAAUCAAAGACUGAGGUUAUGAAGUCGAUCCUAGAUGGCCUUGCAGAUACCACCUUCCGCACCAUCACCACUGACCUCCUGUACGUGGGCUCAAAUGACAUUCAGUACGAAGACAUCAAAGGUGACAUGGCAUCCAAAUUAGGGUACUUCCCACAGAAAUUCCCUUUAACUUCCUUUAGGGGAAGUCCCUUCCAAGAGAAGAUGACUGCGGGAGACAACCCCCAGCUAGUCCCAGCAGACCAGGUGAACAUUACAGAAUUUUACAACAAGUCUCUCUCGUCCUUCAAGGAGAAUGAGGAGAACAUCCAGUGUGGGGAGAACUUCAUGGACAUAGAGUGUUUCAUGGUCCUGAACCCCAGCCAGCAGCUGGCCAUUGCAGUCCUGUCCCUCACGCUGGGCACCUUCACGGUCCUGGAGAACCUCCUGGUGCUGUGCGUCAUCCUCCACUCCCGCAGCCUCCGCUGCAGGCCUUCCUACCACUUCAUCGGCAGCCUGGCGGUGGCAGACCUCCUGGGGAGUGUCAUUUUUGUCUACAGCUUCAUUGACUUCCACGUGUUCCACCGCAAAGAUAGCCGCAACGUGUUUCUGUUCAAACUGGGUGGGGUCACGGCCUCCUUCACUGCCUCCGUGGGCAGCCUGUUCCUCACGGCCAUCGACAGGUACAUAUCCAUUCACAGGCCCCUGGCCUAUAAGAGGAUUGUCACCAGGCCCAAGGCCGUGGUGGCGUUUUGCCUGAUGUGGACCAUAGCCAUUGUGAUCGCCGUGCUGCCUCUCCUGGGCUGGAACUGCGAGAAACUGCAAUCCGUUUGCUCAGACAUUUUCCCACACAUUGAUGAAACCUACCUGAUGUUCUGGAUCGGGGUCACCAGCGUACUGCUUCUGUUCAUCGUGUAUGCGUACAUGUACAUUCUCUGGAAGGCUCACAGCCACGCCGUCCGCAUGAUUCAGCGUGGCACCCAGAAGAGCAUCAUCAUCCACACGUCUGAGGAUGGGAAGGUACAGGUGACCCGGCCAGACCAAGCCCGCAUGGACAUUAGGUUAGCCAAGACCCUGGUCCUGAUCCUGGUGGUGUUGAUCAUCUGCUGGGGCCCUCUGCUUGCAAUCAUGGUGUAUGAUGUCUUUGGGAAGAUGAACAAGCUCAUUAAGACGGUGUUUGCAUUCUGCAGUAUGCUCUGCCUGCUGAACUCCACCGUGAACCCCAUCAUCUAUGCUCUGAGGAGUAAGGACCUGCGACACGCUUUCCGGAGCAUGUUUCCCUCUUGUGAAGGCACCGCGCAGCCUCUGGAUAACAGCAUGGGGGACUCGGACUGCCUGCACAAACACGCAAACAACGCAGCCAGUGUUCACAGGGCCGCAGAAAGCUGCAUCAAGAGCACGGUCAAGAUUGCCAAGGUAACCAUGUCUGUGUCCACAGACACGUCUGCCGAGGCUCUGUGAGCCUCAUGCCUCCCUGGCAGCACAGGAAAAGAAUUUUUUUUUUUUUUUAAGCUCAAAAUCUAGAAGAGUCUGUUGUCUCCUCGGUUAUAUUUUUUUAAGUUUACCAUGCUCAAUGAAAAGGUGAUUGUCACCAUGAUCACUUAUCAGUUUGCUAAUGUUUCCAUAGUUUAGGUACUCAAACUCCAUUCUCCAGGGGUUUACAGUGAAGAAAGCCUGUUGCUUAAGUGACUGAACGAUCCUUCAAGUCUCAAUGAAAUAGGAGGGAAACCUUUGGCUACACAAUUGGAAGUCUAAGAACCCAUGGAAAAAUGCCAUCAAAUGAAUAAUGCCUUUGUAACCACAACUUUCACUAUAAUGUGAAAUGUAACUGUCCGUAGUAUCAGAGAUGUCCAUUUUUACAAGUUAUAGUACUAGAGUUAUUUUGUAAAAUGUAUUAUGUCCUGUGAGAUGUGUAUCAGUGUUUAUGUGCUAUUAAUAUUUGUUUAGUUCAGCAAAACUGAAAGGUAGACUUUUAUGAGAACAAUGGACAAGCAGUGGAUACGUGUCAAUGAGUGCACUUUUUUUCUAUAUUAUUGCCCAUGGUAUAACUUUAGAAAUAAACCUUAAUAUUUCUUCAAAUAUCUCUAUUUAAUUUUGACACUGAAAUAACCGUAAAGGUUUAUUUUUCUGUUACCUCAACAAGAAGAAUUUGAAGACUUCAAAAUAUUGAGCAGAAUUCAUUCAUACUUAAAAAUUUAUUAGCCCUGCAUUUUCAUAGGAAGACACAUUAUCUUCUGGACUAUAGCUGUUCUAAUGGAUUAUAAUCAGAAUGGAAGAGAGAAAGCAUAUUGACUUUUUUUGAGCGACAUCUCUGACUUUCUUUAGUCUUUAGCUAUUACUGGAUCUCUUAAGACAGCAUGUGUUAAUCUUAAUGUAUAUCGUUAUCACUGUGCAGUUGCUGUUUACUUGAAUAGUAUUGUGUUCCUAUAUUCCAGGUUUAAGUAGAUUUCAUGCCUGGGUGGCCAAACAACAGUCUUCAUUUUUUUUAAUUGAAAAGAAGUAGUGUCUGGAUCAGUAAAAUUAUACUGUGUGUGAGUGUGAAUAUAAAUGUGUGUAUGUGUGUUUCUGUCCUGUAACUGUUACAGUAAUGUCAUAAAGUGAGAAAACUGUGACCAAGUAUAAACUUUUACCACUUGCUGCACUCUUGCACAUGGAUUCAGUUUCUAAAAUUGAGUUCUUCCUGUAAUCUUGUUGAUAAAAAUACUGACUCCAACCAUUCAAAAAUUUCACCCCAUCCCUCCUUAAGAGAUUGGAUCAAGUAUUACUAAAUUGACCUUUAGGUAUUACACAAGACCAGUGUUUAGCAAAAAAUAAUGACAGACAUCCAAGUAAGGGAUGUAUUUGUAGUGUUAUUGCCAGGAAAGGAGAGUACUUUGGUUUCUGAGCACCGAAUAUUGAGCAAGAUGUCAGUCACUAAAAGGAAGACAGUUCUACAGAAAAACAAAUGGUAACAUUUUUCAAUAGCGUGUGUAGGUAGUAUGCACUAUAUACAUCACGUUAAAGUAGGACUAUCACACCCAGCCCAUGUGGCUAAAAAAGCUGAAUCAGACAGUGGAUGAGACACAAAACGGCAGUGAAGAACCGACACACUUGGCAUUGAGGUCUAGCUAUGCUGUAUCUGUGCUUUGCCCACAUGCCCUUGGUGACAGCUGAGCACCCAGCUCUGUCUUGGUAGGUUUGGGCUAAGGAACAAAUCUCUCCUUUGCUCGUGGUUAGCAAGAUGCACUCAAGCAUGAAGAUAAACACAGCUGCUUUCUUCUUACACCCCGGUCUCAUGCUCCUUAAUGGCGCCAUGGGUGCUUGUUGGGCCUUUUUCCAGUAAGGAAUGAUAUUGCUGAAGAAUCUACUUAACUCUGACAAAUUUUAAUUAUAAUCUCUUCUUAUACAGAUAAAACAUGACUCCUACAAGGCCCCAAGGUCUACAUAGUCUGAAGUGAAGUAGAGAGCUGGCAUCUAUCUGGUGAUUUCUAGCUCUCGAGAUACCCAAGCAGCCUGAUGGGGCAGUUCCCCUUCUUACAGUUCACGCUCUAAGGCAGGAUGUGGCUUGUGAGAUACUUUGCAUUGUCUGUCUGCACACCUUGAAUCUGCCUGCUGGCUCCCUUACUUUACCUCUCUGUCAUGUGCAGAUGAAGGCUCAGGGUGCUAGAGGAUUAGUAAGAUCUCUUUCUAAAGACAGGAGAGAUUAUUUACAAGAAGAACUCACCAGGGUUUAGUUUGCAUUUAAGAAUUGCCAGUCUUUUGUCCUGCAUCAUCUUGAACAUUAAUCCACAUGUUUCAGAGCUCACCAGGCAGUACCAAUGCUCUUUUCACAGCUAUGAAGAGCUAGAGAAAUUCUUGUUAUGGUAGAAAAAUUUCACGAUUCAUUUUUGAAACUGCAUUUGUGCGUAUGCAGUGUAGAUUUUAUAGUGUGUUGUGCUUUCAAGAUCUAAAUCAUAUAUAAUAAAUUAAGGGACAAUGGGGCUGACAGCACUAAACUUGGUGCUUAUUGAUAUUCUAAGAAAUAUCUGUGAAAUAUCAUCACGUAUGUUAUACAACCUUCAUUUAAAAAGGUUUAAAACUAGUUAGAUUCACUUUGACACUUUUCAUAUCAUUUCUUAACCCAAGUGACGAAAACAUUGUCCCCAAUGAAUAUACUCAUUAGAAUUACCAUUUGUUAAUAUCACUCAUUAAUUAACCCCAUAAUUAGAUCCAUUAAUUUAAAUGAUUUAAAUUUAAGUAAGUUUUAUAAGGUCUGACAUCAGAGGUAUCUUACUUUCCUCUGAGGAUGAUGUACUUGCCCUGACCAUGCAUUUUACCAUCACACAUGUCUUCAGAAAGGGCCAAAUUCCCAACCUGCUCAUUUUUUUUUUAUCAGAGUCAUGAUGAAUCAGUCCUAGAAUGUUUCAUUUGCACAAGUAGGGCUGCCUCCAAGAGGAACCUCUGAUUUAUUUUGUAUGAAAUAUGUGUGAAAGGAUAUGAAUCUGAGAUGCUGUAGACAUCUGUCCUACACUUGAGAUGAUUUCCAAGCCUCUCUAGCACUUUGAGUUAAGUCUAUCUGGUAUUAAAUGCCAAGGACCUUUUGCUGCCUAAAUCCACUCUGCAGGAAAUAGGCCCAACCACCAGAUGAGAAUUAGGCCCUGGAUGAGUAGCGCUGUAGUUACUGUCCUGUUAAUUAAUUUCUGCCAUUUCAUGUCCAUAAAAGAGACCACCCAUAUCAUGCACACAAUUAGAUUUCUCACACUCUAACUGUAUAUUUGUAUGAUAUUUUAAAAUCUCCUAAAUGCUGGGCAAUGGCUAUUAACAAUUAAUUGUCUUGCACUGGCCUUCUGAUGAAAUGUUAACAAUGCCUAUUGUAAUAUAGAAAAAAACAUUCUAUCUACUGAUUUGGGCUGAAUGUAUGUAAAUAGGUUUCUAAAAAGUCAGAUGUUUGAGCAGUGGCCUACAAAUCAGUAAUUUUCGGAUGGGAGAGUUUCUUUACAUUGCCGUGGCAUCUUAAAAGCUAUCUUCAUGUAAAUUGACUGUACUAGGCCUACUGGGGAUCAGAGUUCCCAAGAAAGGAAACCUUUUCUUGUAUCUGGAUUCAAAUUUAUUUCCAAUGUUUCAAGCGGGAAACAUGACUCUUUAUUGUCUGUAAAUCUAACAUUAUUACUUUUCCUCUUAGAAGAAUAUUGUAUUGUUAGAUGUUUGUUGAGCUGGUAACAUCGUUGCAACCACUGCAAUAUCUUCGUUAGUAAUCUGUAUAAUACUUUGUAUACAAGUACUGGUAAGAUUGUUAUUAAAUGUAGCUUCAGUCAUUAAAUUACUAUAGCAAAGUAGUACUUCUUCUGUAAUAUUUACAAUGUAUUAAGCCCACAGUAUAUUUUAUUUCAAUGAUGUAAUUAAACUGUUACUUAUUCAAAGAGAAAACAUCUCAUCAUGUCUAUUGUCCAAAGUUACCUGGAAUCAAAUAAAAAUUCUAGAUUACCAUGAAGAACAUAAAA